AUGGUAGUAUUCGUUAAGGAGGAAAACAAGAAAGAAAAUGCGGAACGCAGAAUGGCGAAGGGAACAUGCAGUGGAAUGUGUCCCGAAAAGGAGAGAUAUGUUCGUGUCGUACAGAAACGAAUCUCUCCUUACGAAUGCAAUCCUGAUGGCUCUCUCAACCCUAAUCUUCUAGUCAAGGAAUAUGCAAGGAGUGCAGCUGACCAGGACAAGCCUUUGCCUCAUGAGUUGCGUUCGAAGGAGCUGCUGGAAAAUACCAUGAGCUAUCUUUUCCAACAUGUGCUCGAUUGUCCCCCAAAAAAUGAAGAUGAUUUGGCAACGUGGUACGAUUUUCUCUGGAGUCGCACUAGAGCAAUUCGCAAAGAGAUAACACAGCUAAUGCUAACGGAUAAAACAGCAGUUGCUCUGAUUGAAAGAUGUGCGAGGCUUCAUAUACUCUGCGCUUACCAGCUUUGUCGCCUUAGUUUUGAAAAGUUCGACCAAAAUAUGAACACGGAGAAUCUUGCAAAAUGUGCUAGGCUGCACAUACUCUGCGCUUACCAGCUUUGUUGCCUCAGUUUUGAAAAGUUCGAUCAGAAUAUGAACACGGAGAAUCUUGCAAAGUGCCUGCAGUCUCUUCGUCACUUGUACGAAGACUUAGCUGCACAGGGAAUAACGCUUGAUACAGAGGCGGAGUUCCGUAGCUACGAUGUAAUGCUGCAUCUUUAUGAUAGCAACAUACUUAGACAGGCGAGCUUUUGUUGCUUUUGUGUCAGU